AUAGACUUAAAUGGGGCGUUCAUUUGUCCAGGCCUUAUUGACUGCCAUGUGCACAUUACCGCAACGCCUGGAGUGCGGUCGCUAUCAGAACUUGCGCGGGUCCCCCAGGAGUCCGUGCACCUGCAGUCGACGUAUGUCCUGCGAGAGAUGCUUCUGCGUGGGUUCACGACCGUGAGGGACACGGGCGGUGCCAGCAAGGCAUUAGCCGACGCCGUCGAGGAGGGUCUUAUUCUAGGGCCCAGGAUCAUCCAGUGUGGCAGGGGUCUGUCGCAGACAGGCGGCCACGGCGACAUCGGAGCGAGCUGCUGUGGGGGCGGACACGGCCAUUCUCUUGGGCGCGUAUGCGACGGCGUGCCAGAGGUCCUGAAGGCGGUACGCGAGGAACUCCGAGGGGGCGCGGACUUCAUCAAGGUGCACUGUGGCGGGGGCGUCGCUUCUCCUACGGACGCCAUAGAGACGGUGCAGUUCACCGCGGAGGAGCUGCGCGCGAUCACAACGACGUGCCGGCAGAUGGGCGGGAAGAUCGUGACGGCGCACGCGUAUACCGACGAGGCCGUGCGCCACGCGAUCGAGAACGGCGUCAUGGGUAUCGAACACGGGAACCUGAUCAGUCCUCAAACCGCUCAGCUCAUGGCGGAGAAGGGCAUCUUCCUCACCCCGACGCUCUCGUGCUACGGCAUCAUGGUCCGCCCGCCCUUCGAGGACUACCUCCCGCCGGAAGGGAAGAUCAAGAACGAGCAGGUCAUGUCGAAGGGCCUGGAUGCGCUCAAGGUCGCGGACGCCGCGGGCGUCACUAUAUGCUACGGGUCGGAUCUGCUGAACAGCCUGCAGGCGCUGCAGACGGAAGAGUUCACAGUCCGCGCGUCGGUCCUGCCCUCUCCGAAGGUGCUGCAGCACGCGACGAGCAACGCUGCGGCGAUGCUCGGGAAUGCGAAGAUCGGCCGCGUCGCUGUGGGCGGGUACGCCGACCUCCUCAUCCUGGACGCCAACCCGCUCGCGGACGUCACCGUGCUGGACUAUCCGGAGGACCACCUGUUCGCCGUCAUCAAGGGCGGCGCUGUUGUCAGCAGCAUGAUCGAGGGGCUGCCUGCUGUGGUGCCGUUUUGA